AUGGCGGAGGACAUGGCAUCAAGGCUUGUGGCGGCGUUGGCUUUGACGGAGGACGCGGUGGUGGAUUUUGGGGAGGUUGGUUUGGUGGUGGUGAUGCAGGAAUUUUUCUACUUAGUGGGCCGUUUGAUUCAAAGGAAGGUAGGCAAUGAGAAGGGCCUUCCGAGCACUCUUUCGGCGAUUUGGGGACUUGGUGAUCACUUGGCCAUCUUAGCGGUGGGAGAGGGCCGAUAUCUGCUGUUUCGUUUUCGGUGCUGUGAUGAGUGCAAUAAGAUCCUGCAUGGGGAACCCUGGUUUUUCAAUAGGCGCAUGCUCUUACUUGGUGAGUAUGAUCCUGUAAGGUUGAUUACGGCAAACUAUGGUUUGGACGACCAACUGCCAUCUUAUUGUCCUGAUGAGGAGAGCACUGCAUUGCUACAAUUCAAGCACAGCUUUACUAUCAACGCAUCUGCUUCAAGUUUGGUUGGUGCGUAUCCAAAAGUUUGGUCGUGGAAAACAGCUCAAGGAGGAAACAACACCAGCUGCUGCACAUGGGAUGGGGUCGAGUGUGACGAACAGACGGGUCAUGUGAUUGGGCUUGAUCUCAGAAGCAGUUGCCUCUACGGCUCUAUCAACUCCAACAGCUCCAUCUUUCGUCUUGUUCACCUUCAGAGGCUGAACCUUGCUGAUAAUCACUUCAAUUACUCUCAUAUCCCUACUAGCAUUAGGAAUUUUCCAAGGCUCACCCAUCUCGACCUCUCUGGUUCUGUGUUUUCUGGUCGAGUCCCAUCGGAAGUUUCACAGCUGGUCAAGUUGUCACUGCUUAAUCUUUCUUCCAAUACCGAUCCUUCUUCUGGUGUAGGAUUGUUGAAACUUGAUGUAUCCAACUUCAGAAGUCUGGUUAAAAACUUAACCAGUCUAGAACAUCUUCGUCUCCGUUACGUCAACAUAUCUUCAACAAUACCCCAUUCCAUGGCCAAUUUAUCAUUUUUGACAACCCUCGACUUACAUCAAUGUGAGUUGUUUGGAAACUUUCCUGUAACAGUUUUCCACUUACAAAACUUGAGAAGUCUCUAUCUUAGAGACAACCAAGAUCUCAUUGGUUAUUUGCCUGAAUUUAAUCAAAGUAGUCGUCUCAUAACACUUGAUCUUCACGGAACUAGAUUUUCAGGGAACUUUCCUUCUUCCAUAGGAAAGAUUGAUUCUUUGAAGCAGUUGGAUGUGGCUGCAUGCAAUUUUUCCGAAGGGUUGGUUCCGUCUUCAAUAGGUAAUCUUAGACAACUCGUUUAUCUAGACCUUUCAGCCAACAAAUUUGUAGGUCCGAUUCCUGAUUCCUUCGCAAACCUUACCCAAUUGACUGUGUUUAGGAUUAGUACAAGUCCAUUAACCGGUCCGGUCCCAUCUUGGAUAGGUAAUUUCAGCAAGCUAGUUUACCUAGAUUUUUCGUAUAGUAGACUGAAUGGUUCAAUUCUUGCUUCAUUUUCCAAUCUCACGAACCUCGAGAUUCUUUAUCUUCAGUAUAAUGACCUGAGAGUUCCAGGUUCUAGGAUUGGCUAG